AAUAAAACCGAUAAACCUUGCACGAGGUAGAUACAAACACACACAAUACUGUGAAUAUUCUCAAGUUAUAUUCAGAAUAUUCAGUCAUUUUUUUACAAUACAACGUUAACGUCUCAGUCGUUGUGCGGGAGUGGUCAUUGCGGCAUGUAUUAUUUUAUCACAACUCAUAUAUUUUAUUAAUCAACAAAUAAUUUUUAAAUAUCAUCAUAUAUUUAACAACACUUCAAUAGACUCAAUUAUACAAAAAAAAAAAAAUUCAAAAGUUGAAUUUUUUAAAUCGCUGUGAACUUGAAACAAAGCUUUUUUAUUUUGCCUCGCCUCUUUUUUCUUUUUUAUUUUUUAUUUUUUCUAUUUGAAAAGGAGAAAUAUUUUUAUAUACAAUUAUAUACUGUGUUAAUUAAUUUUUAUAUUUUAUAUAUAUAUUUAAUCUAGUCGAAAUCGAUUUACUCGAUUAUAUAUUAAGGUUGUUUAGAAAAAAAAAUAUACAAAAUUCACGUUGUGAAAAAUACGUGUUAAAUUAUUUUUUUUAUUUUGAGUAAUUUAUUGUACAAAGGAUUUUAAAAAUUGCCGACACAAUGUCAGUGGACAAAGAGGAAUUGGUGCAACGUGCGAAGCUUGCUGAACAAGCUGAGAGGUAUGAUGAUAUGGCAGCAGCAAUGAAAGCAGUCACCGAAACUGGUGUUGAGCUUUCAAAUGAAGAAAGAAAUCUUCUUUCUGUUGCUUAUAAAAAUGUUGUUGGUGCAAGACGUAGUUCAUGGCGUGUUAUAUCAUCAAUUGAACAAAAAACUGAAGGCUCAGAACGUAAACAGCAGAUGGCUAAAGAAUAUCGAGAAAAAGUUGAAAAAGAAUUACGUGAAAUUUGCUACGAUGUAUUGGGUCUCUUGGACAAAUACCUGAUUCCAAAGGCCAGCAAUGCCGAGAGCAAAGUAUUUUACCUCAAGAUGAAGGGUGAUUACUACAGGUAUCUUGCCGAAGUAGCCACAGGUGACACCAGAAACGCCGUGGUAAACGACAGCCAGAAGGCAUACCAGGAUGCCUUUGAGAUCAGCAAGGAUAAAAUGCAGCCAACUCACCCAAUAAGACUAGGUCUUGCACUCAACUUCUCGGUCUUCUAUUACGAGAUUCUCAAUUCGCCAGACAAGGCAUGCCAACUGGCAAAACAGGCAUUCGAUGAUGCAAUUGCAGAAUUGGAUACCUUGAACGAGGACAGUUACAAAGAUUCCACAUUGAUCAUGCAGUUAUUGCGUGAUAACCUUACUCUCUGGACAAGUGACACACAGGGUGAUGGUGAUGAACCACAAGAGGCAGGCGACAAUUAACCCUCUUAAGACUAAGUCCAAAUUUGUUCCUCCCUUCCUCUUUUUAACCCAAUAAAAUUAAAUCCAAUUCUUUAUUGUUUCCCAAUCCUUUAAUCCUAUCCCAAUACUUUAUCCCAACAAAAAAAAAAAACAUCAACAAAAUAAGAAAUAAAUAAAUAAAAAUUAAAUAAAAAAAAAAAUACCUCUUAAAAGCUCACACAUCUCCCAAUCACCUAGUACCAUUUUUUUCCAUUAAAAAAAAUGAUAAAGUUAAAAAAAAAAAAUAAUAAUUAAUUGCCAUUCAUCGUGAUCACCAUCUUCUCUCCUCCCCCCCUUCAAGUCUCUCUCCAUCUCUUUGUUUGUAACUUCUGUUUUUUUUUUUUUUUUUUAAAUUUUUUUUCUUUUUUUCUUAUAUACAACCUCUUUCCUCUUUCUUUGACCUAAUUGUCAUGCUCUUAUCCUCGCGUUCAAUCCAUUAAAAUAAAAAGAAAAAAUUACAAAAAAUUUGUUACUUUGUUUUUUUUUUUUUUUUUUCGUUUUUUUUUUUUUUAAUAAUUAAUAUUAUUAUCUGUCAAUUGUUCCCUUUGUCAAUAUAUCAACUCCCAAUGGCAUAUUAUAAGAUUAAAAAAAAAACAAAUAAAAAUAAUGUUUUUUGCACACAAUAUCAUCGUUUAUAAAAAUUAAAAAAAAAAAAAAAACAUACCAACAAUUAUAUAUACGUGCCAUUCAAUGAAUUUUUAAUGUUUGAAAUUUUUUUUUUUUUAACUGAUUGGAAGAGAAAUAUCGAGUAAUCGAGGCUGGAUAAAAAUUAGAAAGAGGAGAUUUAUGGAAUUAAGAGUUUAAUUAAAUAAUAACAAAAAAAUAGAAAAAAAAAGAGGAUGUGUUUAUUAUUCAUCAUUGACGCGCAAGAGAUUUUUAAAUAAUCUUUGUGUGAGAUUUGAUUAAUUUGGACGAAAAUAUAUUUAUGAUGUUUUUUUUAAACAUCUUAUUUAUUUAUUAUUAUUAUUUUUUUUUCUCUUUUUCUCUCUGUAAUACAAGUAAUAAUAUUAAUAAAAAAAAAAAGAGUUGAUGAAGAUUGAUUCAUGAAAAGUAUUCAAGAGUUUGAUAUGUUUUUUUUUUUUUAUUUUUUUUUUUUAUGAUAAAUAUAUUGUAUAAUUUUUGUCAAAAUUAUUUACCUGCGAAUGUGUGUUGUGAAGGAGAGACUGCAGCCUGGGAGUGGAUAUAUUAUUUUUUAAUUUUUCCUUAAAAAUUGAUAGAAAAAUUGUGGAUAUUUAAAAUAAUAAUCAGAAAAUACAACACACACAUUAAUUAUUAUCUCA